UCAAUAUUGAAUGCGUUUGUCGGAGUAUGUGUGUGUGUACUAAAGUGGUUUUAUGAGUGAGAGCGAAGCGGAAAAGAUGGCUUUGGAGCACAACAAUGCUUUUUCUCCUUCUCUUCAGUCGUGAGAACCAGAAAGGGGAUCCAAUAUAUCAGGCAAAUGCAAUAUUGUAAAAUGAAAAUGAAAACGAAAGAGAAAAAAUAUUACUGAGAUAUAAAUGGAGUAUGGAAAAAUGAGGGUGGUUCUUCACACGCUCGGAUAUAUGUAUGAAUGAAUGUAUGAAUGUAUGCUGUGGAUAUAUCCUUGUCGACAUCAAAGUCAAAAUAAAAAGUAUGUAUAUGCGCUAUCGUAUAUCGCCAGAGGAACCAAAGAAAAAAGAUAUACAGGCGGUUUGUGGUACCUUUGCAAUAACGCUGGCCAUUGUAAAAUAACCGUGCGUUUAUUUGAUUCUAGUCAACUGUGCUGCCAAUGUAAACAAAAUAUAUAUAGAAAUAUAUGUAGAGAAAUAAAAAGAAGAAAAAAAAGAGAAAAAAGAAAAAUUGUGUAUACAGAGGAAAAAACUAAAAAAAGAAUACUGCGGCUAGGGAAACAAGGAAGAGAAAUAAAAAGGGGAGAAAAGAAAAUGCCAAAAAAAAGAUAUCUUUGGAGAAACCAAAAAAGAAAGAAGAGGUCAGAAACGUCAACAUAUUUUUUUUGGGUUCUGUUUUUUUCUUGUAUUUUUUUCCUACUACAUUUAUUAACCGGGCAGGGAACCCUUUCUUCGUUUCUUCGUCUCCAUCCAUUUCUGUCCCCUCCUUACAGCCUGAUCACGCAUGCAAAUCAACGUCUAUUAACGCUGCUUUAUCUUUUAGAUAGCCAAAUCCCAGUUGCCAACGUUGCUACACCCAUUAUUGAUGGCACGGCACAAUUCGAAACUGGCGUGGCUCCCUCCUAUGGAUGAUGUGGCUUUCUCACCUAAAGAAACAGGGCCUGGAACCAGACGGGGCUUUUGGAACAGAGACAUUGCACCAAGCCUAAACAUGCGCAUCAUCUUCAACUGCUUCAACCGCUCCAGCGAGGGCUUGGGGAUUCCUGUUCGGUUCACUCGAUCAAUGACAAAAGACGAUUAGGACAAAUAUGCGCAGAAGUGAGAUAGCCAGCUCUUUUUCUACCACAUA